AUGAAAAGGGUUAUUAGAACGAGAACCAGGAAGGCAACUAAGGCCACCAAGAAAAAAAGGAAAGAGGAAAGCUUUGCUACGUAUGAAGUCGGUUUCAUUAGAACGGCAACAAAAAUAAAUAGCGAAGACGGUGUAAUAUGGAAAUAUCUCAUUCAUUGGAAAGGCUGGCUGGAGGAGACUAAUGAACCAGCAUAUGCCCUGCGUUAUGCUGGAGAUGCACUGACACUGUUCUGGAUCAACGUUGAAAAUCCUCAUGAUAUCUAUUACGACGAAGAUGUUGACACUGUUGUCUUACCAAACCAAACAUAUAUUGAUCACAAUAGUCAGUUGCUUCCUGUUCUUGAGUCUUGGUCUGCAAUAGUGAUUAGAAACACAGUGGACAAAUCUGAAGACGACAUUGAUCUACCACCAACUUACUCACAGAAUAAAAUAACAACUACGAGCAGUAACCCCGGACCCACUGGCUUUGAUGGUCCUUCACAAGAAACUAUCCUUAUUGAUCCAAAAACUUUGUGGCUACCUCCAGAUCGAUUGGGAUUUGAUUGCAAGAACUGGAGAUUGCUGUACCAAAUUGUUUGCUUGUCCAUAGACACGGCUGCGAUUGGAAUAUCUAGUAGAGACUUUUUUCAGACCAUCAAGAAGGCUCGAAAAGAGCAUAAGUCAGAUGAUUGGGCUUACUCUGAAAGCUGUGUGGUAUGUGAAGAACACAUAGGGAAGGUGGUCACAACCUGCUUGUGCUUUAAGAAGUCAUACUGUGCUGUAUGCGCAGUUGGGAUGAUCAAGCAAUCACAUGUCAAUGGUUUCUUCAAAUGUCCAUGCUGCCGCCAGGAUCCAGUUUUCUUUGUGGCUAUAGAAUGGGCCUUUAUCAGUGAUCCUGAUGCACAAUUGAGACAACGAGCGGCCGGAAAAAGACGAAGGGAAGCAGCUAAAAAGGCGCGAAAGCGGGAUCACAAGAUGAAGAUACAUGACCAGUGUGCCGAAAUUGAGCUGGAGGAUGGGGAAAUUCAGGAGUGA